AUGGCGGCGGCGGCGGCGGCCUCUCUCUCCUCUCUCUCGGCCUCUUUCUCCUCUCUCUCCUUCUCCUCCCAGGUCUCUCAGAAGUCCCAUGCCCUGUCUCUUGGCCGGAUUAGGUCUCCUCCGAGAGUGAGACCGCUCUCCCUGAGGAAGUGUUCGUAUCCGACCACCGUCGCCGCCGCCGCCUCGGUCGCCGCGGCCGCCGCUGCCGGCGAUGUGCUGGCGUCGACGUCGGAUCUGGACCGGUCGAGCCUGGAGAGCUACGUGAAGUCUAGGCUCCCCGGAGGGUUCGCCGCGCAGAAAAUAUGGGGAACCGGCAGGAGGAAAUGCGCCAUCGCCAGGGUUGUGCUCCAGGAAGGGACCGGAAAUAUCAUCAUCAAUUGCCGAGACGCGAAGGUGUGCGAUCCAUCUAUCGUUACUCUUCUGUCCCCGUGUCGAUUGUUCUCUUUGCCUUCGGCGCUAGCAUUUUAUCUCUGUACUCCGAUAUAAUACUGAUUAAUUCUUUCCCCUUAAACCUCAUUGUUCCUUUUAACCUAUAAGCGUGAUGAAAACAUGAUACAAUGCCAUGGAAUUUAUGUUAUGAGAAGAGACAUUUCUUCUCUUAUCAGGUGGCAUAAUCGGUGCGGGAUUCUAUUAUCUUCAAAGGAUCUAAUCUCAAUUAAGUGCGGUUCAUGAGCAUAAAAUUUGAAUUGAAAUAUCUUCUGUAUGAAAUUAAACCUUUAGUUAUCAAUCUAUCUCGUGUUGACUGCUUUCCCAAGGCACCGCAGGAUGAGAAUUUUUUAACUCUAGACUGCUGGUCACGUUCAAUUCCUCCCCCUUUUUCACCCGUUGACUUUGGAAAACAGAAGAGUAUACCGUUGGGACUGUGCCCAGUGUCAUUUAGAAGCUAUUUUUCUUCGUUACUUGCAUUCUGUCUGAAUCUGGUAUUCUGAAAACGGCCGCUAGUUCUUCCCAAGUGGAUUUGUGAUGAGGAACAUUUCCCAAAUAGAUCUUUAGUUGUCAAUCUAUCCCAUGUUGACUGCUUUCCCAAGGCACCGCACGAUGAUAAUUUUUGAACUCUAGACUUACUGUUCAGUUGAAUUCCUCCCCCUUUUUCACCCGCUGACUUUGGGAAACAGAAGAAUAGACCUUUGGGACUGUGCCCAGUGUCAUUUAUAAGCUAUUUUACUUCGUCACUUGCAUUCUGUCUGAACCCAGUAUCCUGAAAACGGCCGCCGGUUCUUCCCAAGUGGAUUUGUGGUGAAGAACAUUUCCCAAGUGGACCUCGUAUCCAAUUGUGCAAACUAGGUUUUCUUUUCACUCGGAACUGCUUCAGAUUCAAUCCUUAUGCUUUAGUGAAAUGUUAUGACCUCAAACACGAUCAAUAACUCAUCUGUAUCUGCCGUGUUCUACAUGGGAUGGUCGGAAUCGAGCAAUAUAAAACCGAAAAAACGCUAGUUUUGGAGAAAGUUUGAACACAAGUAGGUUGGAAUAUCUUAGGGUGAGCUGUCUUCGCCUGAAUUCAGCAGAAAAACGAUGUCCCACCAUCUUGGUAACAUCAGUCUUUGGAUCUGCAUUAUAUAAUGGCAUGGGACUAAAUCAUACUGGUUAAAUCGGGAAGAUCACGAUGGUGGUGAUGAUCAUAAGGGUCUGGAUCCAGAGCGGCGAUCCAGGCUAAGAACUCAAUUUUCCACUGGUAUUUAGCCUGCUCAGAAACCAAAUUACGUUUGCUAUUCAACCUUCUGCUGAGAUCAUCUCCAUGUUCAUGCUCGUGUCUAUCCAUUCCAUGGCAUUGUCCUCCUCACAGUGAGCUAAUGAAUGCAGAAAGUAUGGCUUUUCAUUGAGUAUGAUGCAAAGAUGCCACAAAUUAUUAGCCUGAAUAAAAGUCUCUACAUGCACAAGACUUGUCUUUCAUGAUGAUGCCGUUGACUGGUGCAGGAAUACCUCCAAGGGAACCCAUUGUGGCUGCAGUACGUAAAGACCCCCCUGUUGACUUUAGGGUACGAGGGCAGCUACGAUGUCUUCGUCAAAGCUCAUGGCGGCGGGCUGGCCGGCCAGGCUCAAGCCAUCUCUCUGGGCAUCGCCCGGGCCCUGCUGAAGGUGAGCGAGAACCACCGGUCCCCAUUGAGAAAGGAGGGCCUCCUGACGAGGGAUUCCCGCAUCGUGGAGAGGAAGAAGAUCGGCCUGAAGAAGGCCAGGAAGGCCCCGCAGUUCUCAAAACGUUGA